AUCACCUCAAGGCGUCCAAAUGCACAGGGACAUCCCUUGGUCCUGACCUGCAGAGUGGAUGGGUUUUACCCGAUGGACAUCAACACCACCUGGCUGCGGAACGGCAAAGACAUCGACCAAGAGGUGCUGAGGAGCAACAUUCUGCCCAACUUUGACGGGACGUUCCAGAUGAGACUACAGCUUAGUGUUGACCCCAGUGGAAUCGGCGACACCUAUUCCUGCCACAUCACACACACGAGCGUGCCUGACAACCUGACUGCAGUUUGGGUUCACCAGAAUCAAAACGGACCAGUCUAUGGAUAUGUGGUUGGAAUAAUGGCUGGAUUAGUCGGUAUUCUGAUUGCUCUAUCUGGAGGAGUCAUGAGAUGGAAAGUGAACCAGAGCCGAGACUCGCAACUUGGGCCGAUCCAGAGCCAACUCAUGACCCUUCCAGAUAUGCCUUCAGGUGUCAGUGCAGUGCGUGAAGACACCCAACUUUGUGAAGACGUCACAUCUUUGCCGAGCCCCGUCUCUGUAAAUGUGUCAGAAGUUUAAAAACGAAUCGCCCAAUAAAAUCCGGCGACCAGC